AGCUGGUGAUCUGAUGGUCAGGAAUAUUCAGCUAAAGCAUUCUGGGAAGUAUGUGUGCAUGGUACACACUGUGGUGGACAGUGUCUCAGCAGCAGCCCACCUGAUUGUUAGAGGGCCUCCCGGUGCCCCAGAGGGCCUUAUUGUGGGGGAAAUCACUGACUCCACUGCCCAGCUCUCCUGGGAGUCUGGACCUGACCACCACAGCCCUGUCAUCACAUACAGCAUCCAGGCCAGGACCCCCUUCUCCAUAGGCUGGCAGGCCGUCAGGACAGUUCCUGAUUCUGUGCCUGGACAGAUGUUUCAUGCAACGGUGAUAGAUUUGAACCCUGG